GAUACUCACGUGAUAAUGACGACAAUCACCUGCGCCUGAACUUGCUAAUACCACGAGAGUUGCGAAAACAACCUGCGGGUGGCAGGGACACAGAAGUCUCAAUGUCAUGGAGGUAUACCGACGAGUCAUCAGAUAGGAUCCACAUUUAGAUAGCUGAUGCCACUACAUUCUGCCUGAUAGGAUCUUCUGCACCGAGGUAUGUCUGUGUUUCACCUUUAGAAAUGAUACUAAAUGCACUUUAGUGGGAAAUGACGCUAGCAACCGGCUAGUCAGACGGCUAACACAUUUGAUAUCUUACCAAACUGAUCUAUCACUUUACGCAUAAAGUUCUUGUUUGCUUUUUGAUAAGCUGGUGCAACAUAAUCUUUGAACUUAGGGGUGACAGACAGUCAGUAUCUCCCUGGUGAGGCCAACAGGGCUAAGCCGUCAAAGUUUACCUCCCCACGUGUAAGAACAUACUGUACUUCACUGUGGUGCACAGAUGAUCAAGAGAUUUCUACUCACUUCGGAACAUGGAACGUGUUAAGCUCGUCUUUUACAGUUGAAACCCGUAUGUUAAGCUAUUUAGUAGGGGUUUUAUCCACUUUAGCAGGGUUUUAGCAGUGAUUCUAUGCGAUUAACGAUCAUCCAAUUGUAGGAUGGAUAGAGUGGUUUGAUAAAUGUGCUGAUGUGUAGACUAACCUUCCUCAAAUAAAUCUCACAUCUCAUGUUCAUUUUCCCUCCAACCCCCUGAUCUCUCUAAGGGGUCCUCCCAAUAAUUCCCUACCCCCACACCCCGUCCCAGGUCCACCAUGUCUAACCAGCUUUGUAGAGCAGUGGAGCUGCUGAUGCGCUCCUCUUGCUGCCACAACAUCAGAAGAAGGUCUUGUUUGCAUAAAGCAGUGCUGGCACCAGCGGCUCCCUCUGGCCAUUGUACUCAAGGGAUUCCUAUCCUGAUUAGACGGGCCUACAGCCUGGACACACUCUCUUCAGGUCCUAGCCGGCUAACACUUGGUCCAUCCCCCCAACAGCCCCUGGCAGAGAGAGCAUCACCCUCUUCAGCUCUCGCACACAGGAACCUGUCAGCGGUGGCUGUGCAGGUAGGCUCUUUACUUUUGAUUUUACUGGAUUCCUCUAAAGCUCACUGAUGUUUAUAAGAACGAAAGUCGAUAAAAACAGCCCAAAUAUAUCUUCUCCCAACACCACAGCCCUGCCUCUCAUGAUGGUCUGCGAGGAUUUUGCAGACUGUUAUGGAGAUAUUACGGCCCUGUUAUCAGUUUUCUUGACAUACUUUUGUCUUGUGCUUCACCUUAAUAUUUGACAAUUUUGCGCCGUAAGAUGAUCAUUUACAACUUGACCUUUGUAUUUGUGCCCUUGUCCCAAAAGUAUCUUGGAUCUGCAUCUGAUAUAGACAGAUUUUUUUUUUUUACAUAUGUUGUAGACUGUUAGCGCUCUCUAUUAAUUGCACUUCUUUCACCAGGGCCAGUGCCGUCCCUUGUGCAGAUAUGACUUUCUGGACCUUGGCGAGGUCGAGGAAAACAUCCGCCGUGCUCAGGCCUGUAAAGCAAUGAGAUAUUUCCUUGUAGACCCUGAGCUGGCAAAACUGGUGGCCCAUCACUUGGAACCUGAGGAUCCUAAAACUGUUAUCUUUGAAUGUAACCCAGGUAUGUAUCUGCACAGUGUUAGAUAUGAGACAGAUUUAGAAUGUGUGUUUUGUGGAGUGUAAUUUUAAUGUUAUAUUAUGCAAAACAAUUUUUUUUUUGCCUAGGGAGCAAUAGAAAAUUGUUUGUACAAAUAGUUUCCUUUGUCAAAUAACAAUAAUGAGGUAAACUUGUUUUGUGUGUCUGUCUUUUUAGGUCCUGGGGUGUUAACAAAGACUCUUCUCAAUGCUGGAGCUCAGAGAGUUGUGGCUCUCGUAGGGGAUAAAACCUUCUUACAAGAUCUACAGGUAACAUAACCAUCUAUGAGCAUCGAAAACUGUUUCUAUAUGUGUGUCGUAUCAUUUCAAUUAUCAACCCCCUCGUACUUUGUGCAGCACUUGGAUGAAUAAACUAUGUUUACAUGUUGCAGGAGUUGGAAGGCCGUCUUGAUGGUCAGCUGGAAGUGGUUCACUGUGAUUACUUUAAACUAGAUCCAAUUGGUAAUGGAAAUGUAAAACCUCCCGCCAUGUUCACCGACAAACUGUUCACCGACCUGGGAAUAUCAGAAACAAGCUGGGCGGAUGGUAAGGAAAAAACAUGUUCAAACACACACACAAGCAGUACAGCUAACUACGGACACUGCGAUGAUUCAGGUUUCAUAAGGAAAGAUCAAUUCCUAAGCUUGAUGGGUUUUGGGUUAAAAGAUAAAAUAACAGCAGCUACAAGAUUGCAUUAAGCUACACACAACCUUCUUGACUCAAAACAGUGUAUUGUGUAGAUAUGAAAUGUGUGUUCUGUUUCUAACUUUAUGAUAUCGGUUUCUCUGCAGACAUCCCAGUGAAGGUGGUGGGCAUCCUGCCACAGCGUAAUGAGCGGGGCUUGCUACUGAAGAUGGUUUAUGCUUUGUUUGAGCGCCUGUCUGUCUUCAGAUAUGGAAGAAUAGAGCUGAACUUCUUCAUGAGCGAGAAGGAAUAUUUGGUAAAAGAUUGAUAUAUUUUUUUCCUCUUUAUUUGUUAGAAUUAUUUUAUUAACCACCGGGUAUAACCAGCUUUUUUGCAUACAUGUAGAUAGUUAUGAAACAGCCCAUUUACAGAUAAGGUUACUGCUAAACCUGUCUGGUUGACGACGUUCUUCUUUGAAAGAUAAUUUGAUCACCUAUUUUUCAGAAACUGGUGUCACCUCCUGGAGAUAUGAGGAACUACAGAGCUUUCAGUGUCCUUUGGCAGAUGGCCUGCGAUGUUGAACUGCUGCACAAGGUACAGUAUGAGGGGAAGGUGGGGAAGACAUUCAGUGUCAUUGCUGAAGUAUCAAAAUAAUACAGCUGAAAUUCAAACUGUUCACAGCAACGACAGAAAAGCACAUUUGAAUGAAAAUGUAGUAGUGACUAAAAACACUCCUAAUAAACAAAUUCUUGGUGUAAACAACAGAGAAAAAUCAAAAUAAUGUAGGUAAUGCUAAUUGAAUGACUCAUCAAGUUCAAGUUCACAACCUCAUUUUCUUUGUCUGUGCAGGAACCAUGGGGGUCAUUUGUGACAUCCUCUAGACAGGGUGCAUCUGUCCCAAAAAGCAUGGUAAGAGAGAGAGAAAAGAGACUUAACAACAGUAGUAUAAAGUGGGAUGGAUCCAUCUGUUAAACACCUACUCUAAAUGUCUGCUUCUGUCUCUCGCAGCUUCCCAAUGACCACCUGUGCCUGGUGCGCCUGCGUCCCCGGGCUGAUCUGUUCUCUGCAGGUCUCAGUCCUGCUAAUGCUUCAACUCUGCUCAUGAUGAUCAAACAGUGUCUGGCCAAGAGAAAAGCCAAGCUUAUUGACAGACUCAAGUAAGUAUUGCUCUAAGAACCAAUCUUAGCUGAAGGAUUAAAGAUUCUCCGAGCAUAUUUGUCAUACAGUGGAAUCGCACGUCUUUUUCUCUGGCUCAUUUUCCCUCUUUUGUGUUUCUUUUAGCCUCUGGUCACCAGAUAGUGGGAGUAAGCUGUUGUCUGAGAUAGGCCUUCCAGAGGAUGUACUGACAGGCCACGUAUAUCCACAAGAGUAUCUUAGACUAUUCCAGCUAAUGGACAAGAGUCAGGAGUUUACACAGAGCUGGCUCUAUGAUGAGAUUCUAGAGAACACACAGAGAGAAGGCUGGGGAUAAAACAUACACACACAUUGAUAUAGUUUUUUAGAAAGAAAAUAAAAUGCAAACAAAAAAAUGUACUACAUAAUUUAAAGUAUUUAAUACAAAUGAUGUAAUGUAUGCUGUUGUGACAUAGACACUUAAAAGAUACAGGCACAAUUGAUAUAUAAGAAUGCAGAAUAGCAAGGCUGCAAAAAUACCUUUGUUACAAAAACAUUUCUUAAAAUGAUGUAAAUGUUUGUGACUCACUGAGCUGAUGGGAUAUGGAAGGAUUACUUUAAAUGUAUUUUGUUCAGGACUUGGAUUCCUAUGAAAUGAAACAGGAGAUAAAUUCAAGCUUAAUGGUUCUUUGCUGUUGAAUCAGACAUUUUUCUGCCAUCUAUUGAUUUAGAAAAUAGUUGCAGAAUUAAACUCUUGGGAUUAGUUUCAUUAUAUUAAUGAAAACUGUCAAAAGCAUGCCUGAGAAGCUCCUUAAAGUUUAAUGGCUGGACCAGGUCAUCAAGAGCAUCUUAUAAUAAGGAAAGUUACCCAUACUUAACUCAAAUGCAUGAAGGAAGUGCAGUGUUCACAUGUAUUACUUAAUAUAACCACCAAACAACAGCGCAAGCAAGGAGCAGUAGGAAUAUUUUUACUGAAUGGCCUGUAUAUUUUUUUGUAAAAGUGUUGCAAUAAGCUUCUCUUUAAACUGUGUGUCUUCAUAUAACUAUACUGUAAUGAGAGUGAUGCUUGUGAGAUGAAGAAAGGUUUCUGCCAUAUACGAAUAAAUGAUUUCAACAAA